CCGUGGCGCCGGGGGGCGGCGCGGAGCUGCGGGAGCCUCGGCCUCCUCCCGGCCCGGUGCUCGGCCCUCAUGCGGCGGCCUUUCUGACACCUGAGGUCCGCCGCUCGCCGUCCGCCCUUGGCGGUUGAAGUCGUACUCUUGCGGGCCCUCGGUGGCCGCCCAUGGAGAAGGCCGGGCGAGGCGGCGAUGGCGCCCCCCGAGGGCCCGUAUUGCACAUCGUGGUGGUCGGUUUUCACCACAAGAAGGGCUGUCAGGUUGAAUUCUCUUACCCGCCCCUGAUUCCAGGAGAUGGACAUGACAGCCACACUUUACCUGAAGAAUGGAAGUAUUUGCCCUUCCUUGCCUUACCAGAUGGUGCGCACAACUACCAGGAAGAUACCGUGUUUUUUCACUUGCCACCUAGAAAUGGAAAUGGAGCCACAAUAUAUGGCAUUUCUUGCUACCGACAAAUCGAAGCCAAGCCUCUCUAUGGCUUACUUCAAGCAAAACUUCAACUCAUUACACAUGCAUACUUUGAAGAGAAGGAUUUCUCCCAAAUUUCCAUUCUAAAGGAGCUUUAUGAACAUAUGAAUAGUUCCUUGGGAGGAACUUCAUUAGAAGGAUCACAAGUGUAUCUUGGUCUCUCUCCUCGAGAUCUUGUGCUUCAUUUUCGACAUAAGGUCUUAAUUCUGUUCAAACUUAUUCUUCUUGAAAAAAAGGUUCUCUUUUACAUUUCUCCAGUGAAUAAGUUGGUGGGUGCCCUGAUGACUGUGUUAUCCCUUUUUCCAGGCAUGAUUGAACACGGUCUCAGUGACUGUUCUCAAUACAGACCCCGAAAGAGUAUGUCUGAAGAUUCUGGGCUUCAAGAAAGUAAUCCCCCUGCAGAUGAUUUUGUUUCUAUGCCUGUUCCUGACAUUUCAAAUACUGACUUGGGAACUGUCAAGAAAAUCACGACAGGAAACCAUGGAGGAGAUGCUGCUAUUAAGAUUGAAGAUACUUUGUUCCAAGUAGAUGACAACAGCAGAGGACAAGAACCCAGUGACAACAAUCAAUAUUUGAAACUUCCUACUCGUCCUUCUCCAGAAUCUUCGGAAAGUGACUGGGAGACCCUGGAUCCUAGUAUCUUAGAAGACCACACAUUGAAAGAAAGGGAACUGGUAGAAUCAGAACAGACAAAUGCAUUUUCAAAAGACUCGUUGCCCUCCGACAGCCCUCCAAUUACUGUGCAACCUCAAGCUAAUACAGGCCAGGUAGUCCUGAUACCAGGUCUAAUUUCUGGUUUGGAAGAAGACCAGUAUGGCAUGCCCCUGGCCAUUUUCACAAAGGGAUACCUGUGCUUGCCCUACAUGGCACUGCAGCAGCAUCAUCUUCUCUCUGACGUCACCGUCCGGGGAUUUGUUGCUGGAGCUACUAACAUACUUUUCCGACAGCAGAAACACCUCAGUGAUGCCAUUGUGGAAGUAGAAGAAGCUCUCAUCCAAAUCCAUGAUCCAGAACUCAAGAAGCUGCUUAACCCAACUACUGCAGACCUAAGAUUUGCAGAUUACCUAGUGAGGCACGUGACAGAGAACAGGGAUGACGUCUUCCUAGAUGGCACUGGCUGGGAAGGAGGUGACGAAUGGAUCCGAGCUCAGUUUGCAGUCUACAUCCAUGCUCUGCUGGCUGCCACUCUCCAGUUAGAUAAUGAAAAGAUAGUAUCGGACUAUGGCACAACGUUUGUUACAGCAUGGAAGAAUACUCAUAAUUACAGGGUCUGGAACAGCAACAAGCAUCCAGCACUUGCAGAAAUAAACCCAAACCAUCCAUUUCAAGGCCAGUAUUCAGUGUCAGACAUGAAGUUAAGAUUUUCACAUUCUGUUCAAAAUAGUGAACGUGGCAAAAAAAUUGGAAGUGUCAUGGUCACAACCAGCCGGAACGUUGUACAAACAGGGAAAGCUGUUGGCCAGUCAGUUGGAGGCGCUUUUUCCAGUGCAAAGACAGCUAUGUCUUCCUGGCUUUCUACUUUCACCAACUCCACCCCCCAGAGCCUCACCGAGCCACCGGAAGGGAAGCCCUGAGAAGCGAUCGGAGACUCUCUUGCCUUCUUAGGUUUAAGUGUUCCCCGUCUGUCUGCUGAUCCCAGACUGUUCCUCUUCGUUGGCCACAGGUCCACAGCAAGGGUCUAAGAUGUCGAACUGUUUACAUGGACAGUGCCCUCUGUCUAAAUGAACGUUGUAGGAUGCUGGAAAGUUGAAAUCGCAACCGUAGCAGAAGUGGCUUUUCAGGUUGGGGUUUAAAUCGACUACUUUUCUUUCAAUCUGAGCCUGAUUAAAACACACAGUGAACCUUCUAAUGAAAUUUGAGUUCUGAUCUUAUACAUUUGUUUACUUUAGAACAGUUUUUACUUGUGUAAAUUUUGUUGUUUUGCUAUUUGACUAUCCAGAUGGUCAGUGUAGUUUAUAUUUGCUAAAAUUAAGUUAUGUUACUAUUUAAAUUUCUCUAAAGCUGACCCUAAAAUGUGCUUAUAUAGUUAAAGGGUCAUACAGUCCAGCCCUUUGUUAUAUUUUGCCGAAUCACAUGACAAAUUCUUUUCUUGCUUUCUGACCAUAGAACACAUUUACAUUUAUCAGUUCAUUUACUCCCAGAAACAUGGUAGUAGUUCUGAGGUUGGAAUGGAAUGUUUUGCUUCCCAUUUUUAAUUUGUUCUUUCCCAAUCCUUAAAAAUUUGCUUUAAGGCAUCAAGAAGUCAUGCUUUCUUCUUCUUCGUAAUUGUGCAAAUAGGUGUGCAGAGAAAUGGCAUGGUGACAGUUUCGGUGGUGCUGGAGCAGUUUAAUGUGAAUGUGCAAUCAGGUCAAGAUUUUAAACACCUAGGUGUCAGUUCUGUCAACUCUAAUCAUGUUGCAGUCUGUACAGGCAUUCUUUAACACAAAGUUUGUGCCUUCUAUUUUUUCUUUUAAGCAGUUUUCCAUUGGGUGUUUACAGACCUACAGAUUGUUUUCUUGACUACUCUUCAUAAAGUUUUUCAAGGCAUUUGGCUUUUCCUGACUGAAAAAACUCCUGCAGUUAAUUCCUACCCUCUUCUAAAAGUAUUUUUUAAAAAUAAUAGGAUCCAUUAUACUAAGUAGACGUCUCAUCUUAGCUAACAUUUAGAAAAGCAAGAUGCAAGGGAAGAAAACUACAGCCAUGGCAUCAGCCAUGUUUCAUAAAGCAUAUCUGGUUUCAUUUUAGAUCUGUGCAAAUGUGUGCUAAUUGCUGAAUAUUUUUAACAACUGGACCUCAUCAGCUUUCAUUUGCUUUUCAAGGGGACUUUGGGUGGGUAAUCUCAGGGAGUACUUAUGAGGAGCAGAUUGCUUUUUCUGUAAUGGAUAUUUGGAAAAUACAUUGAGUAUAAAAUACACAUAA